AUGCUCGACCAGAAGAAAUGGCACCGCGUGGAGAAGGACCUCUAUCUGGGCAAGGGCUGGGUGUCCAAAGCCUACGUCCACAUCAAGCGCAAGCGCGAGGAGGAGCUUUCUGCCGAAGACAAGGUCAUCGUCGACGUGCGAAUCGGUAAACUCGACCCAGCGACAGGUGAGAAGGCACAGGCUGCUGAGAAGUGGGAGUCUCGCCCAGCUGGCGUCUGGCUGAAGAGGUCCCUCAAGCGUCACGCGAGCGACUCGAAUAGAGCAGUCACUGCAGUGGAUAUCCUGUUCGGCGCAGAUGCCGUCGAGCCGCGUCCUGGCUGGGAGCUGGUCAAGAACGGAGCGCUGCACCUCGACUCGGGAAACGACAGCAAGGACCCGCGCAUAAGCAUACGACGAGGCCCGCCAGUGAAACACGAGAGGCCGGUGCCCAAGAUCAGAAAGGAUGGCAAGUUCAAGAUUAUGCAGAUCUCGGACCUGCAUCUUAGCACUGGGCUAGGAGUAUGCAGAGACCCGGAGCCCAAGAGCCUCAAUGGCGGCCAAUGCGACGCCGACCCUCGAACUCUUGAGUUUGUUGAGAGGGUGCUUGAUGAAGAGAAGCCGGAUCUCGUGGUCCUCACUGGCGACCAAGUCAACGGUGGCACUGCGCCGGAUGUCCAGAGUGCCAUGUUCAAGAUCAUCGAACCGCUCGCCGAGCGCAAGAUUCCGUACGCAGCCAUCUUCGGUAACCACGACGACGAAGGCAACUACCUUUCUCGCAAUGCUCAAAUGUCGCUCUACGAAUCCCUUCCCUAUUCACUAAGCCAAGCCGGCCCCAACACCAUCGAAGGUGUGGGCAACUACUUUGUCGAAGUCGAAGCACACAACAACAAACACUCCGCGCUGACCCUCUACUUCCUCGACACGCACGCAUACUCCCCCGAUGAAGCACACUACCGCGGCUACGACUGGCUGAAACCAAAGCAAAUCGACUGGUUCAAGACCACCGCCACGCACCUCAGAGACGCACAUAGCAAAUACACGCACAAGCAUCUCAACAUGCCCCAGGAUAAUGACCGCGUCGGCAACUUCACCGAGCCCGCUACCGCUCCGCAAUACAACUCGCACUUCAAAGACGCCCUCGUCGAACACGACGUCAAAUUCGUGUCCUGCGGGCACGACCACGUCAACGACUUUUGCUCUUUGUCCAAAUCCCCCGAUUCCGGUGAACCCGAGCUCUGGAUGUGCUAUGCCGGUGGCAGUGGCUUUGGGGGCUACGGGGGUUACAACCAGUUUGUCAGGCGCUUGCGCGUCUUCGAGGUCGAUACGAAUCAGGCGCGCGUCUCGACGUGGAAGAGGCUAGAGCAUGGGGAUACGGAGAUGAGACUGGAUGAGCAGAUUCUGGUCGAUGCGGGCAAUGUUGUGCCGAUUCAGAGCUGGAAUCAGGAUUGA